UCUAUACAUCAGUGUGGUAGAAGAUUUAGUGCUGGGUGGUAGUGGUAGUGGUGGUGGACGUCUUUCUGCAGAUACUGUGGUAAUAUGGUUGACCAGGCGGCAGUACUCAACCGAGAUGGUGGAUAUGGCCAUGACAACGGUUAUGGUGGUUAUGGUGGUGGCUAUGGUGGUUAUGGAGGUGGCUAUGGUGGUUAUGGAGGUGGCUAUGGUGGUUAUGGAGGUGGCUAUGGUGGUAUAGUCGGAAGGCCAGAGAAUCAUGUGGUGUCUGUGUUAGCGAUGGCGUCAUUCUUCAGUGUGAUGACCUACCUGAUAUGGUGGUGUCUUACCCACGAGGGCCUGUGUCCACCUACACCACCACCAACAACAACACCAUCACCAUCACCACCACCACCACCACCACCACCACCAGCUGUCACCGCCUCCACUCUCAACUAUAUCAACUUGGCUGCUAAUAGAUGGGGGUCUAGAUACGAAGUUAGGCCUAGACCAGCGGUAGCAUGAGCAAUCAACGGCGCCUGGCGUUAUUCUCCUUUGGACAUCGAUUCUAUGGUAGUUAAUUUAGUUUAAGUAAAAUAUUUUUUUACUGCAUUUUUUAGUUCUGUGAUGUUCAUGAGUUUCUUUUUCUUCAAGUUAAAAAAUAAAUUAGAUCACUAAAUAGAGAAGUUUGCCCUCAUUUUAUUG